AGUGGAGAUUCAUCGUGAUUCCAUUUUUUCCCCUUUGUUUCGCAAAGCGAAGAGCAGAAGUUUUCCAGCUGUAUCAAUGAUGGAAAAUGGAGACUCUCUCGACUUCUGCACAAAAACAGCCUGCUCAUAAAUGUCGUAUGUGCAGCUCGGACGCAGUCCUCUUCCACACGGAUAAAACACGCGAAUACUAUCAGUGUCUAACGUGCCAACUCGUUUUCGUUCCGCUUGAAUACGCGAUCUCUGAGGAGGAGGAAAAGGCCGUGUACGAUUUGCACGAGAACGUUUCUGGGGACGCCGGUUAUGAAAGAUUUCUCUCCAGGGCGGCCAACCCCGUCAUCGAGUACUUUUCGGAAGGAAACGUAGGACACAAUGAUGAUAAGGUGAGGAGAGGCCUCGACUUCGGAUGCGGACCCUGUACCGUUCUGGCCAACAUGCUAUCGGCAUCGCCGCACUAUUUCCACGUCGACUCGUAUGAUUUGUUUUACUUUCCACAAAACGCACGAUUUCUCGAACGCAUCGGUUAUUACGAUUUCAUUACGGCCACCGAAGUGGUGGAGCACUUAGCAGAUCCACUCGCAGUUCUUCGGACGUUGUGGAGUUGCUUGCAAUCCAAUGGAGGCAUACUUGUGAUAAUGACAAAAAGAGUGGACGGAACAAUUGAGCGGUUUCGAAACUGGCACUACAUUCGUGAUCCCACUCACAUCAGCUUUUUCCAUGAGCAUACGUUCGCGUGGCUCUCUAAUGCUCUCCCUGCAUGUAACGAAACUUGCGAAGUAAAGGUUGUUGGACCCGAUGUUGUCAUUUUGCUCAAAAAAAAAAACCAGUGA